AUGAAGAGCUCCUGGAGUAACAUGGUGACUACAGCUCCAUCGGUGACUACAACUCCAUCUGUUCCUGCGGUGGUUGCGAUAAGCUUUGGUCUCCGACCGGGGCGGAAACUCGAGACCUUGUUCCGCAGACCAAAGGUUCGUGGAGUGAGAUUGUCCAGUGCUCAAGCAGAAAGAUGA